AUUGAGAAUAAUGAUUAAUGCAAUCGAGUAAUAAUUGAGAGAAAGAAAGAGAGAUAUGGCUUAAUAUUGACUAAUAAAACAAAGUAUAUAUAUAUAAAAUUAUUGUUAAGUUGCUUAAUAAAUAAAUUAAUCAGUUAUGUUUAAUCCUUUAAACCGAGCGAGAUCACCUUAAUAUAAUGGAUAUCCUAAUCAGACAAAUCCAUAAUAUGGUGGUAAUUAAUAUCCUUUCACAGGACAAUAAUCCCCAAUGAAUUAACCUUUAGUAAAUAUAAUAAAAUAAAAGCCUAAAGACUUAGAGAUCAUUUCCUUAUUAAUAAUAUCCAUAAAACACUCCUCCGAAAGGUUAUCCGAUGUAAUAGUCAUAGAGAAAUAAUGGUCCUUUUGUAUAACCACCUCAAUUUCCACCUAGCUAACCAUCAGUUUAAUCUAUAUAAUAAGUACAAUAAAAUAAGAAUAAUAAGCCUGCACCAUAAUCACAACCACCUUAGUAAUAAGUGCCUUAACAAAAUUAUGCUUAAAUUCCUUAGCGAGCAUAAAAAUAAUUACCAUAAACAUAAAUGGAGUAAUAAAAAUAACCAUCAGUUUAAACAACAACAAUUUAACCAUAAGGAUAAUAUAUACCAGCUUAAAGUUCUAGUUUAGGGUUAUCAGGAUUAAGAUAAACUUAUACACCUCCUACAUUUGUUCCACUAUAACCAAUCAUGACUGUAACAAUCAUCAAUUUAAUUAGACUGUAAUCUAAAGACCAAUAGAAUUUGUUGAUUUAGAGAAAUUUGAAGAACUUUGGGAUAAAAGAUUAAAAGAAUUAGAAGAUAAAAUUAGAUAAUCUAAAUAAGAACCAGAAAUAGAAUUAAGGGCUUCAAAUGAUGAUAAUGAAGAUAAGGAUGCUUUAAUAAAACAGUUAUAGGAUGAACUUUAUAAAAUUAGAUGUGAUAAUGAUGAUAAAAACGACAAAAUUAAGAAUUUAAAAAUAGAAUUAUAAACCAAUAUAGAACUUGUUGAAUAUUUAAGAUGUAUUAUAUUACAUUAUUAAAGUGUAAUUGGCUAAUAGCAAUCAUUAAAUUGAUGAAAGAGAUGAACAUAUCUAAAAUUUAGAAAAAGAACUUGAAGAAUUACGUUAACAUAUAGAAACUUUAACAGAAGAGGUUACCACUAGCCAAUCUGUUAAAACUUAUGAAGAAGAAGCUAAAAUUUGGAAAUCUAAAUUUAAAGAAUUGAAUGAUACAUACCAUGCUUGUUAAGAAAAAUUAACUUUAACUGAAGCAGAAUUAGCUCUUUUGAGAAGACCUCCAACUUAAUAAAAAAUUGUGACCACUACUAGUACAGUUGUAAAAAACAAUGUUUAAACAAGUGGAACCAAAUCAGUAAUCUUUUAUUUUCAUUCAUUAGGAUUCUGAUUAUCUAUCAAGUAGCCUUACUUAAUAAGAUGUUGAAAGAAUUCAAAAUUUAUCAAAGAAUAUUCCAUAGAUAUGAUCAUUUGCAAAAUAUUAUUAUAAAUAAGAA